GUCAUUACAAUUCAAAUCAUUCAAACCAGCUAUUCCCAGCAUCACAUCUCAUCGAGUGCUUGGUGACUUCAGACCGUUCAGUCGAACAGAAGUAAUUUCCUAUAUUGAAUCGUAAACUUUGCUAAUUUUAUGCGACAUUCGUCCUCACAAUUAAGUUACACAGUAUGAAGCCGUCAACCAACGUUAAAGUGGUAGCCACAUUAUUUUUGUUGCAAAUGAUCUUCUUAAUGCCGUUUUCUCAGGCCUAUGUGUACAUCAUUCCCAAUGCAAAAAGCCAAGUUCAAGAAGGUAGCUGCUACGACGAAUCGCUAAAAAUAAAUGUUCCUGUAAAUGAGGUUCGACAGCGUACAGGAAAAUGUGAAUCCAUGAGCUGCAGUGACGAUUAUUCGCUUCAUGUUGCUGGAUGUGGCAGUAUUGCGGUUGGACCUGGCAUGAUAAUAACUCCUACAGACUAUUCGAAACCGUAUCCAGAUUGUUGCCCGCACCCGGCAUUGAGUGCAGAAAAUGUGGUUUAAAAACAAAACACAGAAAGCAGAAUGCCAUACUCAAAAGUGUCACGUACAGUCUUACCCCGAGUUACGCGACACUCGAGAAACGCUAAUUCUUAGUUAUGACAGUUCAUUCAUCAAAUUGGUACAAUUUUCAUCUAAAAAUUGUCAAUUUCAAAAUUAAUUGUAGUUUUGCUAAAUGUUUGAAAUCGCUAAAUACACAGAAAUAACCGAAUGUUCUACACAAAUUGUAUGAAAUAUGUAACAAUAAACAUUACAUUACUACAAUUAAUCAUAAA